CGCCGACGGAGCAACGAGGAAUGGACGCGGUUUCCUAGCAUCCUCCUUGGGAGAGACACCAGAACUUCAAUGAUUUGCUUGAAAUUGCCCUCUCGCAUUUGUUUGAAAUAAAGGAUCUCAUGACUGGCUUUGCUAACUGGUCAUUGGUAUCUCAAGAAGCAUGGAGAUAAGAUUAGAAGUUUUGACAUCAACAAGUAUCAAGCAGAAAAAACCCUGGCCCAGAGUUUCCUGGUUGGGUCAAGAGAAUGAAGCUGUUUUUCUGUUGGAUGAGAAAUUCAUAAAUGAGAUUAAUUUGCUGUCAGGAAGAACAAAGAAGAAGAUUCCGAGUCUGCAGCCUUUGUUAAAGGAUGUUUUUUUUCUGGCAACAUCCAGGAAUGAUAUGUGGCUGUCAGGGGUCCUCACUACAGGAGAGCUUUUCCUGUGGAACAAAGAUCAAGAUUGUUUGAAAAUGAUACAGGUGACGGAAAAGCCUAAAGAAGUUAUUAAAGCUACAGUAGAAAGCUCUUCAAGACUAUACUUAUAUGUAGCUGAAAAUGGGAAAAAAGUUCUGCUUAUUACAUCUUCUGGCUGCAUACUUCUGUGGGAAUAUUUGGAAUUGAAGAAUAUUUUAUCUUCUAAAAGCCUCCCAUUGGUCGGUCAGUGGUCCCAAAUCAUACCCGAAGAGGCAGUUUUAUUGCCUUCCACUCAAGAUAAAGAAGCUGUAGUGGACGCUGUUUUUGUCAGAAAUGAGUUACUUGGCGACUGCUGCCUGUGUUCUUUUACUUUCUAUUCUGGAGAAUGCUUGAAGUUAGCAUUUCUGGUCAUUCAGUGGUCUGAGAAUGUAUUGACGUCUGUAAGGUCAUUGCCUUUCCGUGUUCACUGGGCACAGCAGGAAUGUGUCCUGUGCAGUCUGACUCCCAAGUGUGAGGCAGUGAAGUCAAGAGGAGCUCUGAUCUCGGCCUUCUCAAGAGAUGGUCUUGCCUUGGCAGUGACUCUUAAUCAGAAAGACCCAAAGGCAACUCGGGUAUUGUUUAUAAACACACUGAAUUUUGUUACUCUCUGUGGUGACCUUAAAGGAUGCAGUAAUAAGAAUCCUGUGGUCCCUGCUGCACUUAUCAGGUCAUACUGGGUAGGUGACAUCAGCUGGACACAUGACAGUCUUUUUUUGGCUUGUGUGUUAAAACGUGGAUCCCUGAUUUUAUUGACCUGCCUAGGUGAAUUGCUAACAUUAGUUACACUUGGUUGCUCUAUAGAAUUUGGGCCAGCUGAAUUUAUUCCUCUUCAUCCACUAAUAACAUAUAGACCACAACAGUUUACAUUUCAAGAUUCAAAUAAUCCUGUAGACUCAUCAGCUUCUGACAGUGACCCCCUGAGACAGAGGUUUUCUGUAAAAGCACAUUCACGACUACCCUACCUUAUUAUUUCUGAUGGAUACAUGGUCACGACCCUUCGGUUUCUUGAUAACCAGUCUCCAACAGCGCUCAUGAGGUCGUUGCUAAUUGAUUCCACCCAGAGGCUUGAGAAAGCAUCCCAAAGUAUGAUGCUAUCUAAGCCAAAGGACAAAGGGCUGAACUUGCGAUCACUGGAUUCCUUAAGGUCUAGCCUGUUGAAGCAUCAAGGAAAGGAGGGCUUAGUUCAUGGCACCGUCCCUAGGUUUCUGCAAGCAGAAGAAACAAUGAAGUUAAGUGAAACUACUGAUGUUCAGGAUUCUGAAGGAGAAGAAGCUAGUGAAGUUGAACAAUUUCCAAACAACUCAUUUCCUUUUUGUAACCAAAGAAAAGAUCUACGGUUUAGCAUUAUCAAGGAAGGAAGAUUGGAAUUUGCAUCUAUGUUUGAUACAGUUCAUGCAAAGGAUGAUUCCAAGGAGACAGACAGAGCCAUCGCAGAACUGCAUUGUAUACAGAAAAAACUACUUGCAGCGUGGACUAUAGGCAUUUCAAAAAAUGUAGCAGAGAAAAACUUAAUGUUAAAUUACACAGUACUUUGCCUCACUCAUUUCUUCUAUAUUCUCCAGUUUAUAAAAUGCCCUUUGCCUAAGUUUGACCUGUUUGUAAAUAAGAGUGUGAAGCAUAAUGCAUGGGUACUUUGUAUCUUUCAACUUUUCCAUCAGUGUUUAUCAGUCCACUAUUGGGAUAUGAGAUACAGACAAGAUAUUGGCCAUUUGAUAAAGCUGACCUCAAAUACUGUAAAGCUUUUACUGACUCAUCAACAAAAAAACGGGCUCUUCUCAGAGAAGCUUUUAGCCUGCCUUUCUUUACUCCGAAUGGUAGCUGACCAUGUAAAUGGCGUCUGUAGUCUUCAGCCUGAGGCCCUUUCAGCAUCAGCUGGUGAAAGAACAGCUGCGCUGGACUCAUUAAUAGUCCCUAUUUGUCAAGCUUCUAAGGAAAGUUGGUCCUGGAACUCAUCUUUAAAUAUUUAUCCUCAGGUCACAAAUCUUGCUCAAAAGCCAGGUCACAGAUUGGUUGCUCUUUGGAGGCUAUUGUACAAAAAAACUUUAUGGUAUCAAGCACAAUUAAGCCAAAGAAUUCCUGAAGGUGACAGACAGUUACCUGAAAAUGUAACACAUGAAGUAUCUUUUGUCAAGACUCUGUUAUGUCAUCUCCAAACUAACCUGCAGAUGGCUGGGGAUAGCUUGCCUCAAGCCUUGGAACUUACACCUAUCAAUGGUGAAGAGUGCUUUCUGUUAGGAUCCUAUGAAAGAUCAGUUCAUCUGUGGAAGAAGGCUCUACAAGAAACACAAGAGAAAGGAGGAAGAAGAACGAGCUUUCUUCAGUCACGGUACUAUCUCUCUCUCCUGUACUGCCACCUCUACUGCUAUAAUUUGAAUGAUGCUCAAGGAUUAUGUGAUCACCUAGUAAGAGACAUACUCAGCUGGUCCCAGUUACCUGUAAAAGAAAGUAAAGAUUGCUCAGAUUCUGAGAAGUCUCCUUGUGAGUUUGGAGUGACCAGGAAUGUACAUCCGGAGGCCGCAGUCAGAGUUGUCCAGUGCAUGGCCCGUUUCAUGGCUGCGUAUUUCACCAAUGAACCACUCUGCAUCCUGCCGCCUCACAGCGUGAAUGUUCUUCCUCCACUUCAUGUUAAAACAGAGCACUCCCUACGACUUAUUCCUCUACAACACUCGAAGGUGGCCAGUUUUGUUAGAGAUCAGAAUCUCUCAAAUGUGUGGACAGUUGAAUAUGCCCUUGAAUUAUUAUUUAUUGGUGGCCUGAUUCCAGAGGCUGUGUGGUUGGCACAUAAACUUGGAGACUGGAAGACAUCUGUAUCCAUUGGUGUGGCCUUCCAAGUUUUCUGUAAACAUGGUCGCAAUUUUGUGAGGUCCAAGGAAAAGGGUAUGGACCUACCAUUAAAUAUGAUACCAGCACAGAUUUUCCAGGAAAAACUGCAGUGUUUUUUAGGUCAGCCAAUCUCUCUGGAAGCAAAAAAUGAAAAGGGCUCAAAAUAUAAGCAAUUUACAGAUCCCAUUGAAGAAGAAGAUGCUAAUCUGCUGUUUGGGUCUGUGCAAGAAGUACUGAAAGCGUCAGUCAUGGCUGAUGCAGACAUUGUUUCAGGGACUCUGCAGCUAUUGAUGGACUCUGCAAAGGACUUCAGUAAGAAGCUGUGGGGCCUAGUGCCCGUGGACUUGUAUCUCCCAGCACCUCCUUUGUAUUGCCCCCAGCCAGCUGUUCUCAGUGAAGAACACGGUGACAAUCUUCUUUUAAAAGCUGAAAAAGAUAAUCGCCAAAAGCUGUCUGGAAUCCUGCAACGAGUUCUCUUGCUUUUCCGGGCGGCUCGAUGCUCUUUUUCUGUAGCACAGUGGUACAUCUUGCAGCUGAGGUGGGCAAGAAAAGUCAUGCAGAAGAUUCGAGUGAAAGGGUCCCUUCCUUUGCUUGGUUCUUUCCCCGAAUCCUUACUUAACUACUGUAAAGGAGGGAUAGCAUUCUUUAGACCUGGAGCUGCCGGAGACCACAAGCUUGAUGAAGUUUCCACCAAAGCUCUAGGUUGCUUCAGAGAACUUUGUGCUUUGUGCUGGAUGUUGCAUGUCCGGGAUAAAUUAUCGUACAGUUGCAGGCAGUAUCAGAAGGCAAGAGAAAAUGUGAAGGUAGAAAAGGACCUCAAAGUGGAAUUUGAUUCUUGUGUGGUUGAGCACUGUUUUCAUGCACUGGAAUGGGCCUAUAGAAUGCUACCAUUCUCUCGUUUUUUUAAUAUGGAAGAACUUAUUCAGGAUAUAAUUUUGAGCCUUAUUGGAGAACUGCCACCAAUCAAGAAGGUAGCAGAAAUUUUUGUGAAAGCCUUUCCCAAUCCUGAGGCCAUAAGAGUUCCUUUAAGAGAAAAGUACCACUCUCUCCAGCAGAGACUCAGACAUGGUGUUGUGAAAGGCCCCCAGACUGAGGAACUGAUGUCUGUGAUCAUGCGCUCUGUCCAUAAAGUGAGGGUGAAAGCCCUGAAACGUGUGCAGAGGAACAUAGGUGCUUCUGAGAUGAACGUCUGGGAACCAGAUGAAGAGGAAAAGCCCGAUGCUGCUCCGGCUUCUGACAGGUUCUCCCUGGGGACUAGUUUGAGCAGAAGUACACUCACAGAACAGGGCAGUUCCCUGGUACACAGUGAUGCAGACACAUUCUCUGAAACCUUGUCUUUUGAAGAAAGAACGUGGAUGCACUUCUACCAAAGGCAUGCCCCAAGUCAUGGGGAGUUAACAUUGGUUGGUAAGCCCAGUGAUGAAAAGAAAGCUUGUCAUCAGAAGAAAGGCUCGCAAAGGAAAGACAAUCAUGAACCAUUAGGAAAAACAGCCCUUCCUACAGUUGGUGUUUGGGAAUUUGAGCGUGAUGAUGAUGAAUAUAUUAACUUCCUUGAACUCUUCUUGAGUUAUGUUCUUGAAAGAGACCUUUGUUCCAGUGAUCCUGGCAUUCCACUCUUGACAAGUUUUUCUGGGCACCUUAGAGAACAUGAACUUAAUUCUUUACUUUUUGAUGUGCAUACAACAUUAAAACAACGCCAGAGUAAAACCAGAAGCGAGAAUGUGUAUAGAGCUGGUUCUUGCUUUGCUGUCAUUCCUGAGUCACAUGAAUGUGAAAAACUGUUCUCUCUAAACAGUACGUGUGCCCAAAAUUUAGAAUGCCAGGCACUUUCUUCUCCAGGACUAGUUAACCAGUCAGCAAGCACUUCAGAGAACCCUCUUUCUGAAGUCGUGAAAAAUGAAAGAAAGGUGGGAUUGUUUGGCUUAAAACAAAAGCCAAUUUAUAGAAUUCAGAAUGACAAGCGAGGGAAUCCUCUAAUGCAGAGACCAUCAACCCACUCCUUUUGGAUUCCCAAGUCCGUUCAAAAUGGAGGGUUCCGUUUCCGAGCAUUUCAGUGUAGUGCUGCCAGCCUUCAGGAAGGCCUUCCUCUGCCGCUUGAGAACAUCUUCGGCCAGGUUGGGAGACUGGUGGAGUGGGUGGUACGGUGGUCUGACCGAAGACUCCUCUGUGACUCUGGAGUUGCUCAGUCGUCCUGUAAAUACAGCCCCGUAAUUCGUGUAAAGACCUCGACAGCUGCCAUUCUUACCUCUCUGUGGCUCCUGGAGCAACCCUAUUGUGCUGCAUAUAAGACGGAAAACAGCAUCAUUAAGGUGCCGGAGAGUCAUUACCCUGAGUCUCAAGUAGCCGCUGAGGAGGAGGGCAACGCUAAUGUUGACUCCCCAGUUGCUGUAGCAGCUCAGGCUGGAGCUGAGGAGAGAAGUGAGCAGAAUGAAUGUUGUCAGAGCGUCCAGAAAAUGCCAGCUGAAGCAGAAAAUCCUGAAGUGAAAGGAAUUGACGAUGAGAUUAUCACCGUCACUCAUGAGACUGAGAAAGAAUUCGUAGGUGUUGACGGGAAUCAUGCAGAAGUAGAAACGUUUACACAUGAUGAAGUGAAUAUUCUCAUCUCAGACUGUGACGAAGGACCUGUUGGGAGUCUCAGAGGUUCCAGUGCUGCCAUCUGCAUGCCAGCAUCACAGCUCUUACUAGAGCAUAACACAGAAGAGGCUCAGUGUCCCAGGAAAGAACUGGAGACGAAUGUGGAUACAAAAUUGACAGAACAGAAAGGUGUGAUUGAAGCCUUGUCAAAUUCUGAACAUACCAUUCUUCCUUCACUUUGUAUAGAUGCAAAUUCAGAAGCUUCUAGUGCACAGAUUUCUGAACUUAAAGAGAGAUCUUCCUCAGUUCCACCGCUCAUGUCGAGCGGAGCCCAUGGUGCUUCACAAACACCUGUCCCCACACCUCAGGAGACUCAGAGACACGAACACAGGGUUCACUUACCAGAUUCUUCUGAUUCUGUUAGGCAGAUGCUUCAGGAAGAGAUGUUUAAAUUAGUUCAGCUGCAGCAGAUCAAUUUCCUGAGCCUGAUGCAAAUAGUAGGACCGUCCUUUGCUAAUCUCCCAGACAUGCAUGGGCUUCUCCAGCAGGUUCAUCCUGCACAUGCUGGGGAAAGCCCAGCAUCAAAGCCCGCAAGGAGUGGUUGUGCUUCUGAGGUCAAUAGCAGACAGAGAGUUUUCACUCACCCAGAGUCCAUGGGAGAAUGUAGCCGGGAGCCUGGCAAGAACAGCCCACCAGACCAUGGAGGAGUCAGCCAACCUGAUCAGGACAGUAAUGGAAAUGCAGAGAACAUUGCACAUGGGAGUAUUCCUUUGUGUCAAUUAGAUGGCCAGCCUAAGAUGAGAGGACAAACUGGAGCAUCUCGAAGCUUGGAACCCACUUCAUUUUCUCGCACUCCUGCUGGAGACACUGGCCUCCAGCUCCUGUUCACCCCUGCUGCUGUCCAGAGGGCACCACAGCUGAUCCCGCUGGCCAGAGCAGUUACUCCUGGGAGUGGUUUUCCCCUGCUUCAUUUUCAGCCCAAGCGUGAAUUCAAGCCCCUCUCCUUACCUCUAGGAAGAAUUCCAGAGGUUCCUUUGAGACCUCAGGCCCAACCAAAAGAGGCUUGGGGAUUAUCUGAUUCUUGCCAGCCUCCUCUGUCUCAGAGAAUAGUGCAGCCUACCUCACCAUGCCACUCAAAUCCAAGCCACUACAGUGUGGAAGCCAUGAACAAGGCGGAUGCUGUCCUCAGAGACACCCCUCAGCAUGCGAACUUGGAUCAGUAUGUUGGACACCACUGGACACCUCGGCAGGCUUCUUCAGUAUUUAUAAAACAAGAAAGUGUGUUUGAUGUUAAAGCAGGGCUCCCUGAGACAGCUCCUCAGAAUUCUUUUGGACUUCCUUUAUUACACCUGCAGUCCAAGCCACCUUGUAUAUUCUCAUCACCAUCGAGAUUGCCCUCAGUACCUACCAAAUGUGACCCAGAAAGAAAACAAAAUCCACAGCUAUCAUUGCUUCAUUCAUGUUUGCCCCCGGAGAACACGUACAAGAAGCCACAACUUAUCCCACUUGAAAACCUCAUGGCAUUUAAAAGGAGCCAGCAAAAACUAGCACAUAAUGUGUUUGAACAAGGUGAUUCUGGGCAUCUUCAGCUUCUAAAGGUCAACACGGAACCAUCUAAAAUAACACAAGGAAAGAAGAGGCGGAGCAGACGAGCUGAAAGAGAGCUACAGGAAGGAAGAGCUCAGAAGCCAAGAGGGAAACCAAGUGUUAGUUUCCGACCAGAGGAGUCCCUCAUUAGUAACGGCUCGGAAGUCAUCACGGAGCCCAAGGAACAACUAGGACAUGGUGAUUCUCAGCCUUUGGAAAAAUUUGACAUUCCUUUCGAAAUGUUAGAAGAUGAUGUUCAUACUUCAGCUGGACUGCAUUUCAUGGCCUCUGUACGAAAGAAAGUUGUGGGAAGUCAGGAUGCAAGUACAAACACAGACCCAGAUAAGGAAGGUACUUCCCAAGAAGUUGGUUCUGAAAGCGGUAAAAAUCAACAAGUCGUUUCUGCUACCUCAGGCCAUGAACCUUUGAAUGUUCCUCAACUCUUGAUUCCAGAUGUCUGUCUAAAUGUCAGACUUCCCACGGGAAUACCAGAGAAGCCUUUGUCUCCUUCCCCACCUCAUUUGGCUAGACACACGUACAUAGAUGUGAUUGACAUUGAAGCUGAGGACCUUUUGGGAUUACCUGCCAGUGAAGAGCCUUCAGAUGACAAUGUUCUCCAGCCACAGAGCCGUCCUCCAGAGGGCCCAUUGUCUGCAGAGCUGCAUUUUAUGGCAGCUUCAGUUGUCAAUGCUGUCCCCCCUCAUGCUUUCGAGAGUCAAGGUUUAAUUUCUGAACCUGCAAAAGGGACAGAAUCUUCUCUGGAUGGGAAAAACUUAAAAGCAAACGUUGUGGACGUGAAGGAGCCGGGGAUUCUCUCAGUGAUCCCGUCAGACAGGCAGCAGGACAGAGAUCUGCUAGAACCAAACUUCCAGUUCAAGGAACAGAGCUCGAAAUUGGACUCUGGAGAACAAUCUCUGCUUUGGACUCUGCUACAGGAUGUUCCUACUGCUUGUCCCACUCCAAGCCCUGCUGCUUGUCCCACUCCAAGCCCUGCUGCUUGUCCCACUCCAAGCCCUGCUGCUUGUCCCACACCAAGCCCUGCUGCUUGUCCCACUCCAAGCCCUGCUGCUCGCCGCAUUCCAAACCAAGCUGCUCAAAAGUUAGAACAUCUUACUGCCAAGCUUCAGAAGAUGGACGAGCAACUGUUAACAGUGCAGACCAUUGUGGAAAAUAUAGAGCAGGAUUUCCCUGCACCAGAAGUACUGAAUCUACACUGGGAAAAGGUUGGACUGGUAGAUCACAAGGAAUUGUCUUCUGGCCCUGGAAUUGAAAAACCAUUAGCUUCAAAAUCCGUUAGCAUUUCUAAAGAAGUGUGUCUCCAGACGCAUGAGGAUGUGGAUGAUCAAAACGAUACCGAGGAAACUUCAGAGACAGAAAAUCAUUCCAGCCAGAAAACCCACGCAUGCCCUUCUGCGGGGUCGGCUCUCGGCUCUUCCGUGGACUUGGACUGGAGCAUCACUUCUCCUGGUGUGAAUAACGGCAAUGGAUUAUUUGAAAGUGUUUCAGAAGAUCAGCUCCAGGUGACUGGAUUGACUGAUGUUGCUGACAUCAUCGAUGACCUUAUAACUAAGAGUGGAGUUUCCAGUGAGGAGCUUGGCUUAACAGAAAAACAAGCUAGAAGUAUAUCCAGGAUUCAGCAUCCUUCUGGCAGAUGCCCCCAAAGAACUGAGAAGGAGAGAAGAGAGAUUAAAAUCUGGAUGAAAAGAAAGCGAAAAGAGAGAAUGGCAGAAUACUUAAGUCAGCUGGCAGAAAAGAGGGGACAGGAGCGCAACCCUUUCUGCCCCAGAAACAGCCCAUUUUAUAUGACUUCAAGGCAGAUCAGGCAAAGAGAAAAGAUGAAACGUGAAAAAGAUAGAUUGCUACUGUCUGACCACUAUAGUCAGCGGCUCUCACAGGCAUACUGCUUGAUGAAUGAACUGCUGUCUGACUCAGUGCAGCUAACAGCACCUGAAGGCAAACUCUUACCUGGCAGAUCCCCCACCGCUCAGCAAUGCAGACAGCAACGUUGCUCUUCUCCAAGGAGAGAGAAUCCACAUGGGCAGACUUUGCUAAUAAACCAGCCUGGAGGAGGCAGACACAUUUCCAGUCAUCUCCAAAAGGGGAAACCCUUGGGGCAGCUCCAAGGCUCAUCUCAGCGGUGGCAAGGUUCUAAUACUCCAUGUUGGAGCCUGCAGCAUACGAAAAGCCAUGGGGCUGUUGGGCUGCCUCCUCCAGUGGAGCAGGGGUACAUGGAGUAUGAGAGAGAAGAGACAGUAGUGAGUCCCUGGACUCUGCCUUCAGAAAUCCACAGGAUUCUUCACGACAGGCCCCUGCUACAGGACAUGUCGCCCACUGAAGAGGAAGAACCUGAUUUGUCUUUCUUGGCGGGUGGCGUGGACAGCGUGUCUGAGAGCACUGGCAGCAUCCUCAGCAAGCUUGACUGGAGAGCCAUUGAAGACAUGGUGGCCAGCGUGGAGGAUAAGAACGCAAAUGUCCACUGGGUCUAAGGCUAGAGAUGGGACUUACAGCCUGAAGCCACGGGGUUCCCUGGGCUAGCCAUUGCAAGAGGGAGAAUAAACAUGUCUGUAAUAUUACUUUAUGGGGAAGGUGGUUUAACUAGAGAAAAGUAUUGUUUAUCAUUGAUUCAUCUUAAGAUAUGAUUUAAACAAUACGUACAUGUCAAGCCAGGUUUUCACAAUAUUUAAAUUAUUUUGAAUAAAAAAAUCUUGUAUCUGCUUCCUCUUUUACUACCCUUUGUUUGCAGAAACUGCUCAUGUGGAGGAUGUGACAGAGCGCCAUCUCUGGGGAAAGUCAGUCUCUGCUUUAAUACAGCUGUUGGGCAGGCUCGGGCCGAGGACCAGCAAGAGCCGGCGACUUCAUAUGAACAUUUGUCUGUGCUCUGUGGCUGAGUAGGUUGGGGGAGGGGGGACAAGGAUGAGUGCUUCAGAGGCAGAGGAGAAUGGAAAUCCUGGCUGAACAACACUGAUCUUGUGUUGUGCGUGCGUGUGUGGAGGUCACAGAAUAACAUGCAGGAGUUGGUUCUCUCUGUUCUCUCUCCCAUAUCGGCCCCAGCGCUCAAAUUGGAGUCAUCAGAUGUGGCAGCGCCUUUUGUCCACUGAGCCGCCUCUCUAAGACGCUCAUCUUAGCGUUGUGAAAAGCAAAGGACGGCAGCCUCCUAGUUUUGGAGAUCAUUUUCAAAGAAAUGGCUAAAUCCCAAGAACCUCUAGUCCCUGACACUUUGGGUCGUUUUGGUGUCCUUUGGAAGGGUCCUUGUCUGAAAAGGCUGAAGCGUCCCGAGUGCCCGACUUUGUGACGUCAGACAUGCUCCAUGGUCUUCAACCAAAGCACCGUUAAGCAUCGGAGAGGUGCAGAAUCAUCUGGUCGUUGUAUUCUCAUGGUUUUCCGAAGUCUGUGUUGGGGGCCGAGAAUGCAGUGCAGAAAUAGUGUGUGCCUACUGUGCAUGUCCUGGCUGUGAUCGAGCUACCU